AUGGGCUCAACAGACACCUCAAACUCAGUCUCAGCCUCAAGCACGAGCGCGACCACCAGGAGUAUGAGUACCGCCACCCGCAAAGCCUGCUCGCCCCUCACCGGCGCGCAACGCCUGCGCGAAAUGCUCCGCGACCCCUCCAAAGUCGUCGUCUGCCCCGGUGUAUUCGACGGCCUGACCGCCCGGUUAGCCCUCGCAGCGGGCUUCGAUGCGCUGUACAUGACCGGCGCAGGUACGUCCAUGUCGCGCCUAGGCUGGGCGGACCUGGGCAUGGCGACGCUCAACGACAUGCGCGCCAACGCCGAGAUGAUCGCGUCGCUCGACCCAUCCGUGCCCGUGAUUGCCGACGCGGAUACCGGGUACGGGGGGCCCAUCAUGGUGACUCGGACGGUGACGCAAUAUGCUCGUGCUGGAGUCGCGGCGCUGCAUAUCGAGGAUCAGGUGCAAGAAAAACGAUGCGGCCACGUCCUCGGCAAACAGAUUGUCGAGCGGGACAUCUUCUACAGCCGGCUGCGCGUGGCGGUCACCGCCCGCGACAACCUCCGCUCGGACAUGCUCAUCAUCGCGCGCACGGACGCGCGGCAGACGUACGGCUUCGACGAGGCCGUCGCGCGGCUCCAAGAGGCCGUCCGGAUCGGCGUCGACGUCGUCUUCCCAGAGGCGCUGCAGACGGAAGCGGAGAUGGUCGACAUGUGCAAGCGCGUCGGCGCCGACACGCCCGUGCUGCUGAAUGUCGUCCCCGGCGGCGUCACGCCUGAGUGUACCGUCGAAGAGGCCCGGCGCAUGGGGUUUCGCGUCGUCAUCUACCCGGGGUUGUGUAUCGGGGCGGUUGUCGAGAGCGUGGCGCGGGAGUUACAGACGCUGCGGACCACGGGGAUGAGUUCGUCAUGCGGCACGAGCUCGGGCGUGAGCGUGACCAUCAAGGACGCGUUCAAUCUGUGUGGGCUGCAGGAGUGUAUUGACAUUGAUAGGGAGGCUGGGGGGAAAGCGUACGAUACGGUGGGGAGAUGA